GUGGAGCCAGGGAGGGUGGGCGUUUAGGCUGCGCCGACCCCUCAGCCCCCCUGCAGGAGACGUUCGGAACCCAGGACAUGUCGGGAUUGAGGAGAUACGAGGUGGCGCUGGAGGCGGAGGAGGAGAUCUACUGGGGCUGCUUCUACUUUUUCCCCUGGCUGCGCAUGUGGCGAAGGGAGCGGAGCUCGGCGCACCCUCGGGAGCAGAAGCUGGAGCCUCUGCGGGGCCUGAUGAGCUGUCUGUCAAACGGCCUGGGCACUGCUCCCCAGCGCUCCGGCCGCAGCCUCCCCCGCCGCACCCCUGCCGCCACUGCUCAGCCAGCCGGUGCAUUAAAGAUUUAAACCCGAGCCACCGUGCUGCCCUCCUGACUCUGCCGCCGCUGCCGCCAUUCGGGCUGGGAGCCCCUCUCCACGCCGGCUGUUUCCUUACUGACAGGGCCUCUCUCCCUGAUAGAGUGCCCCUCCGUGUACAGGUUCCCAUUACUCCUAAGGGUCCCUCAUCAGAAUCAACCUCCCCUUACUAUCAAUGACUGCCUUCCACCACCUAAUCCCUCACCCCGCCACACACACACUCAUCACUCUGAGUGUCUUGUCUGGAGGGAACUGAAUAAUCCUGACCUGGUCCUCCUCCCAACCUGAUCCCCGCAUCCCUAAAUUCUCACAACCCCAGCUUUCUGCUGCCACCUUCCUCCUAGACAGGACUUUGCCAAGUCUCUGAAGAAUCUUCUCCUGGGAGAGGAUCUAAAAUAUUUUUCAAGUCCAUAGUUGUAGGAAGUAGGCUGUGAGAGGAGGGAAAGAUUCAUAGAAGCUGUACUGUCAGCCUGCCAUAGGGGAAUGACUUAGAACUGUUGAAGGUCUUUCCUACAGUUAACACCCCAGCUACUGGCUCCUCCAGUCUGAUCCCAAGUUUAAAGAUAAUUGACAUCAGAGAAUCCCCUGAUGGUCCAGUGGUUAAGAUUGUGUACUCCCACCAUAGAGAGCACAGGUUCCAUCCCAGGUUGGGAAACUAAGAUCCUGCAUGCCAGUGUGGCA